CCCAAAAAUCCAUAUAAAAAAAUCCUAUCCAAUGUCACAUAUUCUCCUCUUAUUCACCCUCCUCCUCAUCUUCCUCCCGUGUAGUUUUGCGGCCUCCAAUGGACAAUGGCAACUCGUCCAUGAAAACAUUGGCAUUUCCGCAAUGCAUAUGCAACUCUUAAACGAUGAUCGUGUUAUCAUUUUAGACAGGACUGAUUUUGGCCCUUCCAACAUCUCCCUACCGCAUGGGCAGUGUCGUAAGGACCCCAAUGACUUAACCUUAAAAAUUGAUUGCACGGCUCACUCCGUACUUUAUGACACACAUAAUAACACUGUCCGCCCUCUAACGGUGUUAACCGACACUUGGUGUUCAUCUGGCACCAUGCUACCCAACGGCACGCUCGUACAAACCGGUGGAUAUAAUGAUGGAGAUCGUGGUGUUAGAACUUUUCAGCCGUCUUGUGAGUCUUGUGAUUUGGUGGAGCUGCCUAAUAAGUUGUUUUAUCGACGUUGGUAUGCUACUAACCAUGUAUUGCCUGAUGGUAGGUUCAUUAUCAUUGGUGGUCGGAGAGCAUUUAAUUAUGAGUUUUAUCCAAAAUCUAGACUAUAUAACUUGCCGUUUUUAGCUCAAACUAAUGAUCCUCAUGUGGAAAAUAAUUUGUACCCUUUUGUGUUUCUAAAUAUAGAUGGGAAUCUGUUUAUCUUUGCUAAUAAUCGAGCUAUUUUGCUUGAUUAUAAUAAAAAUCUUGUGGUUCGGACUUACCCGGCUAUUCCGGGUGGUGACCCACGGAGCUACCCAAGUUCAGGGUCGGCGGUUUUAUUACCAUUAAGGAAAUUGGAGAUGGGUUUAAAAGUUGAAGCUGAGGUGCUAAUAUGUGGUGGUGCUCCUAAUGGGUCAUACUUGAAAGCACACGUGAAUCAAUUUUUGCCAGCUUUAAAUACUUGUGCUAGGAUUAAUAUUAAUGAUCCUAAGCCAAUUUGGGUUAUGGAAACAAUGCCUAUGAGUCGGGUCAUGAGCGAUAUGUUGAUUUUAGCGAAUGGAGAUAUCUUGAUUAUUAAUGGGGCUAGAUCGGGUUGUGCUGGGUGGGAGUUUGCUCGAGAUCCGAUUCUUAGCCCCGUAGUUUAUCACCCGAAUAAUAGUCCCGGUUCAAGAUUCGAGAUGCAAAACCCAAGUCAAAUCUCAAGAAUGUACCACUCAAGUGCAAUUUUAUUGCGAGAUGGACGAAUUUUGGUAGGUGGGAGUAACCCACAUAAAUACGACCAAUUCGGUCCUAACGUGCUUUACCCAACUGAUCUUACUUUAGAGGCGUUUUUGCCUCCAUAUUUGGAUCCAAAUAAAGUAGAUAUCCGACCCGUUAUUGUUAGCCCAGAUUCAGGUUCUAAGAUUCAUUAUGAAGAAGUCUUGGAGAUCAAGUUCACAAUUACGGGGUUAGUUGACCCAAGUGCAAUUCAAGUCACUAUGCUUAACCCACCCUUUAAUACACAUUCUUUCUCAAUGAGUCAAAGGUUGUUGGUGCUAGCCAAUAUAAAGCCCCCUACACAUAACCUGACUCAAUUUCAAUACAAUGUCACGACACCCGGAUCCACAAAGAUAGCCCCACCCGGUUUUUAUUUACUUUUUGUGGUGCAUCAAAAUGUACCAAGUAUAGGCAUUUGGGUUCGGUUAAUGUGAAUUAUAUGUACAUAUAAAUAGUAUAUUUGUAAAGGAAGUGAGUUGGAUGACAAUUUUUUUUGUUAGGUAAAAUAAUUCUCCCCAUUAAAUUGAAACCUAUGACAAAUUAAGAAAAUAUGAAAAUUUUGGUUAGUUAUUUUAAAAGUGAAGAUAUUUGUAAAGUUUUUAUAGUAGAAAUUCCACAUCCAAUAUCUAAGUUAAUACUUCUUUCUUCUAUUAAGUACAUGGGGUCACAUUUUACAAUAAAUUGGACUCUUCCUACACGUGUUAAAACCCUAUUAUCAAUUCACUACAAGAAAAAUAAUCUUGGGCGUCAAGUUCAUAAGCUUUUGGGCGUCAUACAAGUGUGUGGUACAUAAGUUACUUGGGGCGUCACCCACAAUGCAUGAAGCAUAAGUUAAAAUGUGUCGCCCAAAACCUUAAUUUCAAAACUAAUUUUUCACUCCCUCUCAAAACCUAAAACCUAAAAUAAAACCGUGCCCAAUUCCCGCCUUCAUCUGUCGCCCUAAUUCCAAAUCACUAACCCUAAAAUCCCCCAAAAAGAACCUAAGUUCAUCACAUACCCUAAAAACCCAAGAAAACUCUGUCAUUACUGCUGCUCUCCAUCUCUCCCGCACGACCAUUACUGCUGCUGCUCUUCUCAAGGGAGAAAGAUUUAUAACUACACUUCAAGACGUAAAUAUUGAUUGAAAAAAUGGCACCAUCUUCAACAAGCACUUCUAGGUAUAUAUUUUAUUUUUGUGUAAUGAAGUAACGUCCUAUUGAAUUUCUCUAUUUGAAUUUAAUUUUCUAAAAGUCAUUAAUCAAUUAAAUAUGGUUGUUCAUUGUGUGUAUAUUCAUGGAAUUUUUUGGUUUGAAGGGUGAACAUGGAUCGAAGUCGGAUGAAUCAUAGGGGAAUCAAUGAUAGAAAAGAAAUGACAUAUGUUAGAGGUGUUAAUUCAUUUUUGGAGUUUGCUUUUACUAAUAAAGUAGGCACUAAAUUAAGAUGUCCUUGUCUGAAAUGCAACCUUCAACUAUUUCAUGACAAAGAUACAAUAAAAAUUCAUUUAGUAGCUUGGGGCAUUAUUAGGGAUUAUCAUCCUUGGGUCCACCAUGGAGAGAGUGUUGAUCAAUACAAUAUAGAUGAUGAAGGUAGUGAGUCUGACACUUGCACUAAUGAUGUUCAUGUGAAUGAGGAUACUUAUAUGAUAGGUGAUGAUCUUACUUCUUUAUUAUAUGAUGCAACUAGAAUGCAUGGUGAUCAGGGAUUUGUUCUUAAUGUAGAACCAGAUAUUGGUUUUGAGCAUGGUGACAAUAAAAUGCCUAAGGAAUUUCAUCAAUUGAUUCAAGAUUUGGAAACAGAGUUAUACCCUGGCUGUAAGACUUAUAAGAGGCUAGAGUUUAUUUUAGCCUUACUUCAAACUAAAGUUAGUGGAAAUUGGAGUGACCAUUUCACUUUCAAUGUUACUUGAAAUAUUGUAUAGGGCUUUUAAUUACAAUGCAUCUUUCCCAAAAAGUUUUUAUGAAACAAAAACGUAUACCAAAAUGUUAGGGUUGGACUAUACUAAGAUAGAUGCAUGUGUUAACCAUUGUGCAUUGUUUUGGAAAGAGAAUGAGGGGAAAGAUAAAUGUCCAAAAAUGUGGUGUUUCUAGGUAGAGAGAAGGAUCUAUUGUUAAAGGUGGGGACUCUGAGGUUGAUAAUGAGGGAGAAAAUAUGGUGACACGAGAACCACAAUUAGUUUUACGUCAUUUUCCUCUUAUACCUAGGUUACUAAGAAUGUUUGUUUGUUCAAAGUUAGCUCGACAUUUACGUUGGCAUAAAGAUAGACACCAAGAAGGUGAUGGGAUUUUAAGGCAUCCAUCUGAUGGAAAGGCAUAGAAAUCUUUGAGUGAGUUAUAUCCAGAGUUUGAUGCAGAUGCACGUAAUUUGAGUUUAGGUUUAGCUACUGAUGGGUUUAAUCCCGGAGGUUAUUUGAGUAGUAGAUAUAGCAUUUGACCAGUUUUUAUUGUUGUAUACAAUUUGUCUCCAUGGAUGUGCAUGAAGAGUUAUAACAUAAUAAUGCCUUUGUUGAUUCCUGGUCCGAAAUCACCAGGAAAUGACGUUGAUAUUUUCCUUGAGCCUUUAAUAGAUGAGGUUAAACAAUUGUGGGAUGUAAGAGUUAAAACUUAUGAUUCGUAUCGGAAAGAAACAUUUGAUAUGCAUGCUGCUUUAAUGUGGACUAUCCAUGAUUUUUCUGCAUAUGCAAACUUGUCUGGUUGGAGCACUAAAGGGAAUCUUGUAUGCCCUAAUUGCCAUAAAGAUACAUGUUCCUACAAGUUGCUUCAUGGACAUAAAUGGUACUACAUGGGGCAUCGUAGAUUUUUAGAUAUUGAUCAUAAGUGGAGACUUAAUCGAAACUCUUAAUGGGAAAACGGAAAGAGGGCCGCCCCCUGAAUCUCUUAGUAGUUCUAGUGUUUUAGAGCAAUUAGAAGGGGUAGAAAAUGUCAUUUUUGGAAAAAAUGACAAUCUCAAACACAAGAGAGGACCACGAUAUUUGGUUCACCAAUGGAAGAAAAGAAGUUGUUUGUUUGAGCUACCAUAUUGGAAAGAUCUUUUGCUUAGACACAACUUAGAUGUUAUCCAUGUAGAGAAAAGUCGGUGGGUUAUGAUGGAUCCAGAAUGCAAAGUACGACUGUAUUCUAAAAUUCAGGGAGAGUGGACUUUGCCAAAAUAUGUUGACGGAGUCGAUGUGAAAGAAAUAUUGAACAGUCAAUGUACAACUUUGUGUCGAAGUUGGCGGUAUCGGUUGAAGGAGAGAUAUUAUACUGGUUGUACAAAAGCAGCAGCAAAAACUAAUACGCCUUUUGAGAUUGAUGCUAAUGAAUGGAAUUGGCUAAUUGAUCACUAUUGGAGUGAUCCAAAAAACCAGAGCAUAAGUGAAAAAAUAAGACUUCUAGAUUGAAGCAAACAAUAAGCCAUUCAAAUGGGGCGAACUCCACUGCAAGAAUUCUGGAUGAAAUGAUGAAUGAAAUUCCUUCUACACCUCAAGGUUCGCAACAAGUUGGUGAAGAAGGAUGUGAACAAGGAUCUCAAACACACAUUGAUGAAGAAUGCCUUUAUGUGCGAUUAUAUGAAAGAACUCAUAGGCAUGCCAACACCGGAUUAGACCCUGAAGCAGAGGCCAGUCUUCAAGCAUUAAAAGAUCUUCAUCAUAAGGAAAUUGAACAAAAUGGUGUCGAUAAUCUCACACCUCAAGAAGCAUAUCCAAAGGUCUUCAAGAGUUGUAAUGGUUAUAUAAUAGGUUUUGGUUUCGGGCCAAGAUGCUCAAAAAGAUCACUGAAAGGGACUGCUGAGGUAAGGGAAGAAAUCCAACAAAUACAGCAAGUAUCAACUGAACGAGAAGCUUCUCUCCAAAGUGAAAUUGAACGAUUAAAACAAUAAAUGAUCGACAGAGAGAACAAAUUAAGGCAAGAUAUGAUGGCCGGGAUGGCAUAAAUGAUGCGGGGUUCAACUUAAUUUGGUGCUUUUGGAUUAAUUUUUUGCUCGCCGAAGUUAAGUUUUAAGGUUUUGACAAAUUGGUGUUUAGCGAUUGCUAUGUGAAGCUAUUCUUAGAAGCAUACAAUAUAUGAGGGCUGUUUAACAAUCUAAGUGUUGAAUUGUGUUCCUUGACAUGUAUCAAGUUAUCGAUGAAAUGAAGGACAAGUUAGAUCGUUGCGUUUCAACUGAAUUUUUGCAUAAGGUCAGUGGUACGUAAUGCUGAAAAUGAUAACAUUUUGCUCUAUUAAAGAAGUAAUUUGAUAAUCAUCUUUUUAUAUGUGAUAAUUAUCUUGAGCAAGUACAUAGCCAUUAUAAUUUUUGUAUAUUUUUGUGGGUCGAACUUUUAUGAAAAGAACUCAAAUUAAAUGUGUAUGCAUAUACAAGCAAAUUACUUGCUCU